ACGGCUCAGUGCAUUUGGUUUUAUAUGUGUAUGCAGAUUAGUUUUUUUGUGUUUAAUAGUUUUAAGACAAUUUAGUGCAGGCAGAUUUCAGGGCUACUACGAAACUUUUAAGGUCUUUCGAGCUGCACAUUUUUUGUAGUCGUUUGUCAUCUUGGUCCAGUCCCAGGAAGAGUCCCGCGGCUUCGGGUUCAUCAUACAGCAGGAUCUGCGCAGCUGAAAGAUGGCGACAAUGUUGUUAAAAUCUUUUAGGAGCAACCUGGUGAACUUCAGGGCCUAUCAGUUUGGAGCAGAGCGCUGUAUCAGUGCAACUGCCUCAGUGCAAGCUCAAGCAAAGAGCAAAAAGACUUUAGCCAAGCCUGGAGUGAAAAAUGUUGUUCUGGUUGAGGGCGUCCGAACACCGUUCCUGCAGUCUGGGACCACAUAUGCUGAUCUGAUGCCUCAUGAUCUUGCCAGAGCUGCCCUGCAAGGCCUGCUUCACAGGACUGGGCUCCCUAAGGAGGCUGUCGAUUACAUAGUCUAUGGAACUGUUAUUCAGGAGGUGAAGACCAGCAAUGUGGCCAGAGAGGCUGCACUGGGUGCAGGAUUCUCCGAUAAAACUCCAGCCCACACUGUCACUAUGGCCUGCAUCUCAUCCAAUCAAGCCAUGACUACAGCUGUGGGGUUGAUUGCUGCUGGUCAGUGUGAUGCGGUGGUAGCAGGUGGAGUCGAGUUCAUGUCUGACGUGCCGAUUCGCCACAGCCGUAAAAUGAGGAAGACCAUGCUGUCUCUGAACAAGGCCAAGACGCUCGGAGCCAGGCUGUCUCUUCUGGGAUCAAUUCGACUUGCUCAUCUGUCACCUGAGCUCCCUGCAGUGGCUGAAUUCUCCACAGCAGAAACGAUGGGGCACUCCGCAGAUCGUUUGGCAGCUGCGUUCGGUGUGUCUCGGCAGGAACAGGACGAGUUUGCCCUUCGCUCUCACACACUGGCAAAAAAAGCUCAGGAUGAGGGCCUGCUCAGUGAUAUUGUCGGCUUCAAAGUGCCCGGAAAGGACAUUGUAUCCAAGGACAACGGGAUCCGGCCCAGCACCAUGGAGCAGAUGGCCAAACUGAAACCCGCCUUUGUCAAACCGCACGGGACCGUCACGGCCGCUAACUCCUCCUACCUGACUGAUGGAGCCUCUGCAGUGCUGAUCAUGUCUGAAGAGAAAGCACUAGCUAUGGGUUACAAGCCCAAAGCAUAUCUCAGAGAUUUUGUGUACGUAUCUCAGGACCCUAAAGACCAGCUUCUGCUGGGCCCGACCUACGCCACACCCAAGGUUCUGGAGAGGAGCGGCCUGACUCUGGCCGACAUUGAUGUGUUUGAGUUCCAUGAGGCUUUCGCUGGUCAAAUUCUGGCUAAUCUGAAAGCCAUGGAGUCUGAUUGGUUUGCUCAGAAUUGCAUGGGCCGGAAAGCUAAGGUUGGCGCCCCACCCCUUGAUAAGUUUAACAUGUGGGGAGGAUCUCUUUCCCUCGGGCACCCGUUCGCUGCCACCGGCUGCAGGCUGGUUACUACAGUAGCUCACCGACUCAAGAAGGAGGGAGGACAGUAUGGCCUGGUGGCAGCAUGUGCUGCAGGGGGACAGGGCCAUGCAAUGGUGAUUGAAGCUUAUCCGCAGUAGGACUUUCCAGUCAAUGUCUACUUCUAACAUAUACAAACAAUAACCUGUAUAAAAACCAUAAAACACAUAAACCACAUACACAGCCACAGUGUAGGACUGGUUCUGUAAAACACCGUCAUGCCUUGAGGGAGAAUGUUUCUGUGAAUGUGAUCUGAAUGUAUGGAUAGGUAUGCAUUUGAGACAGUUUUAAAUAAAGUGACUACAAAAGGAUAAUCAUAUCUCUUAGACACUGCAUCUUUCAGCAUAUCAUGUUAACUCUUGGUUUCGUGAACUCUGAAUUCAAUUAUCUCAGUACAAAAAAAUGAUCUUUUUGGAUUGUGUACAUAGUUGUUCUAGCAGGCAAUGGAUCAGUUUGUGACGUUUAGCUCUUAAUAAAAUUAUGUAAGACUAGAAUCCAGCAUAAGAACUAAGGAGACUCAUUUAAACACACCUACAUGUGUGGAGCCAACAAUAUUUCCAUUGUGUCUUUUCUUUUUUGUAUUGUUGUUGAAAAAAAUAAAAUAAACUAAUCUAAGCUA